AUGGCCAAAACGCUGGCGCAAAGCAUCUCGGGCCCGCACCAUGAGCAUGGCGUGGCGUUCAAGCGCAUCCAGUUCACGCCCGACCUGAUGCCGGGAGAUAUUACCGGAACGCCGGUGUAUAAUUCGCGCAACCAUGAAUUUGAGUUCAGGGAGGGGCCGUUGUUUGCCAACAUUGUGCUGGCCGAUGAGAUCAACCGCGCGCCGGCCAAGACGCAGGCGGCCUUGUUCGAAGCUAUGGAGGAAAGACAGAUCACCAGCAGGAAGGAACCUACCGCCUGCCGGAAGCACAGCUCGACCGUUUUAUUUUUAAGCUCCUGGUCAAUUAUCCUAACCUCGAGGAAGAAACCAUGA